AGUGAAUUCACCAUGGAUGACACAAGAUACGAUUGAGGUCAAAGCUAAUUUACCGCUCUUGAAGAGAUAUUAUGUGUAGAGAAAAUCAUCAGAACAGAAGUUUUUUUAUGAUAAAGAGGAUAGGAGGGUUUUCUGUCAGUUCACAAAGUGGAUUAUCUAUUACUAGGUAAAAAUAAUGUAGGCCUAAAAGAUGACGAUGGAAAUUUGACCGACGGUUAUUUCUCGCUUACCAACUUCCCUCACGGUCUACAGCUCACUUGGAUAGCUAACCAAUCAUGUGACGGUAUAGUGUCACCGCAUGGUGGUGCAGAAGUGUCACUUAAUGGUUUGUUAUCACGCGGAGGUAGUAGUGAAGGUAGAGAGGAGAUUAAGAUAGUUCUGGAAUGGGUUAAGUGUGUGAAAACUCUUGACACCCUCAUUGAUCAGCAUUUUCUAAUCACGAACAAUAAUCUUCAGAAAAAGCUGUUCGUGUUCAAUAAAGGUGGCUUGGACCGACUCACACAAGUUUUAAGAGGUUGGGCACGUGUUCAGAAGUCAGAAGUAGCUGAAACGCCACUAGGUAUAUUCAUUGUCCCGAAUAGACGAAGUAUUGUGUAUCCGACCGUAACAUCAGAACUUUGGCAACGGUAUCUCAACAAGAAUGGAACUGUUACCGAUGUAAGGCACGCUCGAAGAUUGGUAUACAAAGGAGGAGUUAGUGAUGAAGCUAGGGGCGAAAUCUGGCGUUGUUUGCUAUCCUUGCACAAUCACUCUCACACUCAUCGACAAAAGUCGUUCAGAAACCAACUUCUCGCUGAGAAAUACAAAGAUAUUAAGCUGAAGGUACCAGACCUUCAGUCCAACCCGGAUGACCACUCUGCGUUUUGUACAAUCGUAUCUGAGAUAGAAAAAGACGUUUGUCGAACUGAUUCACAUAACCCCUUGAUAUCAGGAGCAGAUAAUCCUAACCAGGCGCUGCUGAAGCGGAUUCUGAUAAAUUACUACCUGCACCGCCCCGAGAUGGGAUAUGUUCAAGGAAUGUCAGAUCUACUCGUACCCCUUUUUAUCGUUGUCCGGGAAGAAAGUGAAGUGUUCUGGUGUUUUGACUUCUUCAUGAACCGUUCAGCCUUCAGCAAACUACAAUACUGUAACCUUUACCAACAGCUAGCGUUUCUACGCGAAGUCCUGGGUUUACUGUUCCCUGAUAUUUACAGCUACCUAAGUACAACAGGGGACGCCUUAACACUGACAUGUUGCCAUCGUUGGUUUCUUCUAUUCUUUAAGCGAGAGUUCGAUCUGAACCCUUUACUGAAACUAUGGGAUGUGAUGUUAGCCGCCCCUUCUCCGUUCUUUCAGGUCUUCAUAAGUGCAGCAAUGAUCUCACUUCGUUUCCCAAAUCUGAUUGCCCAACACUUGUCAGCCACCGAGCUCUUGAUGGAGUCCCAGAAACUGGCUGGAACUUUCGAUUUGGACAAAGUCCUGGUCCAAGCUCGCCGGAUUUACUUGGAACUUAUAGGCCUACCAGAGGUACCAUGCUCACUGAUGCCUCUGGUCGGUGGAGAAGGGGACUACUGGGACGGGUACAGGAACCCUAACUUCAGCUGUUUGGAUUGCGAUAAGAAGGGUUUCUGUGAAAUGAAACGGGAUUAUCACCGCGUUUUAUAGUCUCUUCAAUAUGUCUCCGUUUUAUGAAUCAAGGAGUGGGACUGGGACUGGGUCCAAUAUAUUAGGGUGUUUGAUAUGUUAGGUCCCCCUGACAAGAUGACAUGACAAAGUCUGACAAUUAGCUUAUUAGCAGGGUGGGUUUACUAUAUUAUGUUAUUUCUUCUAUUGGAGGUUCUGUCAUUUUUACAUUUGUGAAAAUUUCCACGUGAGGAAUAGCGGUUUCUGGAAAUUUUGUGGUUUUGUCAACUUUGUAUAGACUUAGGUGGAUCAGAAUGGUGGGUCUUCUUCGUGAACCGUUUUAAAACUUUUCAACAGUGUUGUUAGUGGAUAAACGAUAAUGAGUUUAGAAUCUGAGAGGAAGUUAAUAAUAGCUUUUUAAAGGCACUUAUUUAAAAGAUGCAUGCUUGCUUGAAAUUAUCCUUCUGAAAGAUUUAAGACUGUUAUGGAUUAUAAUAACGAUAUUUGGUAAUUUCACAAUUAUUACACUGUUAGUAAAAUAGGUAAAUAGGAUAAUAAGAAGGAAGAAUCUUCGUUCUUUAUCAGUUCCUGCAGUUCACGGAGAAGAUGUUGCUCUAACUUGCAGUAGCGCGCGAAGGGAAGAUGCAUCACGUGGAAAAUAUAACUUUAAGGCACGAAGUGUAAGGUUUCUGCAUGGAUUAUUAGCAUGGCAUGGAUAUUUUAGUGAGUUAUUUGAUCAUAAGAUCGGAGAAAUAUAGAAAAUUCAUUAAUAUGGUGAUGUCAAUUAAACCUCGCUAAACGUUGUCAUUGAUUUUAAAAUGUUUGCUAAAUCUACUAAUAUAUGCAAAAAAUUCCAAUAUUUAUACUUUCAAAUCACAGAUUUUAUAUAUUGUACGUGUUGUGUGUAUAAUUUACGCUACGGUUUUAACCAAUUUUUAUUUAGCAUUUAUUUGUUGCAUGUGUAAUGUAUGGACGGCAUUUUUUGUUGCUUCUGUGGGUAUUAUGAAUUUAUUUGGUAUUAUUUUAACCAUUUAUACGCUUGGAAUAUAUUGAAAUAAGUCACUGGUAAUUGGUAAAUGAUAUUUAAAUUCGUUGACUUAA